CUUGUAUCUAGUACAACCUUUAAUUCAUAAACCCAAGUCUUGAAGCAGCCACAAAAGAGGUCACAUAUAAUUCAUAAAAAGAACACACUCACCAACUGGCGACCUGUAUAUUCUUCACUUUUACACCAUUUUCUUCUCUUACUUUGUAAAAGUCUAAACUACAAGACCAGCUUGUCAAACUCAAAUUAAAAUCAAAGGGGGGUUUACCUAAAUUAUUCCUCUUGCUGUAGAAAAAGUGAAAAACCCUUUUCCUUUUUGUCUUUUUUUUCCGCUGUAAUUAUUUAUCAAAAAGAAAAAUACGGAUGUUUCAUUUCGUUCUUUUCUUGUAAUGGAAAAAAUAGGAUAUUGCUGAAGGAAUUUUAUUGUUUUGUACAGAUCUGUGUUGCUCUCGGUCGUUGAGGGUUUUAUUUUUUCUGGGAAUGUUGAUUUGUCCUUAGAUUGGUUUGUUCUACAUCAAGAUUGACAUGUGAUGUGAAUAUUGUUUUUCAUUAAACCACAGUUUUUUUUUUUCCUCCUCAGGAUUUGAAAUAUUAGGGACCAAUCAAAACUAUGUGUAGAUUGAUCAUUUUUGGCUGAUUAUUGUCGUUAUCUUACAAGGGUUUGCUUCGAUUGGGGUUUUUGUAGUUAACUUUUUAGCAUGUUUUUUGGGUCACGCAGCUUGACAUUACUCCCAAACAGCCUUUCAAUUAGGCAAUCGAUGGUAAAAAUGGUCGAAGUUUAGAUUUUUAGGGUUUUACCCGUAAGUGGGGUUGCUGCAAAUUUUCAUCUUUAUUCAAUCUUGAAAGUUGCAUUGGGUUAAUUAUGUCCUUCAAGAGUAUAAUUCAAGAUAUGAAGGGUGAAUUUGGGAGGAUUAGGUCAAGGUCCCAUCGUGUGGUGGAGGAUGGUCCUCUGAGUGUUGUUGAUGAUGUUAUGAGGCAGAGUUGUUGGGCUAAUAUGCCGCCCGAGCUUUUAAGGGACGUGCUUGCUAGAAUUGAGGAGUCUGAGUGUAAUUGGCCACAGAGAAGCAAUGUAGUUGCUUGUGGUGGUGUUUGUAGGAGUUGGAGAGAUAUAAUGAAGGAAAUAGUGAUUAAUUUGGAAGUUUCUGGAAAGUUGACAUUUCCUAUUUCUCUUAAGCAGCCUGGCCCAAGAAAUGCCAUGAUUCAAUGCUUCAUUAAGCGGAAGCAUGGGACUCAAACCUAUCAUCUUUACCUCAACUUGAGCCAAGCUUCUAAUGAUGAUGGGAAAUUCCUUCUUUCCGCCCAACGACAUAGACGCCCGACUUACACAGACUACAUUAUAUCUUUAAAUGCUGAUGAUGUAUCAAAGUGCAGCAAUAACUAUAUUGGAAAAUUGAGGUCUAAUUUCUUGGGCACCAAAUUCAUAAUUUAUGAUGCCCAGCCUCCAAAUCUCGGAGCUAAAGUCGCUAAAUCUCGUUCGACGAGGUUAGUUGGACUGAGGCAAAUCUCUCCCCGAGUCCCUGCUGGCAACUAUCCCGUGGCCCACAUAUCAUACGAGCUGAAUGUCUUGGGUUCAAGGGGCCCGAGACGCAUGCAAUGUGUGAUGGACAACAUACCUUCAUCGGCAGUCGAACCAAACGGUGAGGCCCCCACACAAACCGCGUUUUUGCCAGGAAACUUCGAGUCCUUCCCUUCCAAACCUUUCUUCCGGUCAAAGUCAACCCGAGCCAACAAUUUACAGUCCGUGCCCCUGACGAGUCCCAAUGACGAGAUGUUGGUCCUAAAGAACAAGGCGCCUAGGUGGCACGAGCAGCUGCAGUGCUGGUGCCUAAACUUCAACGGGCGUGUAACGGUUGCCUCUGUGAAGAAUUUUCAGUUGGUGGCGAGUAGUUCGGGCAGCGGGCAGGAAGAGGACAAUAAUGUAAUUUUACAGUUUGGUAAGGUGGGGAAGGAUAUCUUUACCAUGGAUUAUAGGUAUCCGAUAUCGGCAUUUCAGGCGUUUGCGAUUUGCCUCAGCAGCUUUGAUACGAAAAUCGCGUGUGAGUGAUAUGAUGUUUAUUUUUCCAAAUUGUGACUGAUUUUUUUAGCAUUGAUUUGGUUGAAUACACAGUUGAUUUUUUUUAUUUAUUUAUUUUUUACUUUUGGAAGGUUUUCUUCUUGUGUUGAUUAUUGAUGGUUUUGUGAUUUGGAA